GACAUAAAACAAUUUUAAUUAGUAUUUCUCAAAAAAAAAACAACACAACAAAAUGAUAAUCACAAAUAUGUUAACACUUUUCAUAUUUUUCGUAUCAAUCGUCAAGUAUGGACAGACUAUAUAUUGCUGGAACUGUAACUCAUAUAAAGAUAAGGGAUGCGAUAAUGUGCCCAGAGGUUCACAUAUCAGUGCCCUAUCCGAUGAGAUACGUAAAUAUUAUGUAGACUGCAAUACACUUACAACUGGUACUACCGGUAGUAUAGCAACUGUUACCGAAACAAAGGGCAGUACCAGAAUUACUGAUACCAUUGACAGUAACAGUACUGUUAGUUCAACCAAAUUAAACAACUCUACAGACUUUGUUGACAACUCAGCCAAUUCUACCGACACAAUCAACAGUACUAUUAAUACAAAUCCUACUACUAAUCCUACCUUAUCUACCAGCCCUACCGAAACUACAGUUAUUACCCAUACCGCCAAUAGUGAUACCAACAAGAAAAAAACAUAUAUUUUAUGUCGAAAACAGGUCCAGCAAAUCGAUGAUAACAAACGGACCAUUAGAUCGUGCGGUUAUCUUACGGAAGGCAAUGAUUGCUACCAGACUGGCAAAUCAUAUGUAUGCGAGUGUAAGACUGAUGGAUGUAAUACCAGUUCACCGAUUGUCGUCACUAAUUCAAUACUAUUACCACUGAUGACGAUAGUCUUAAGUCUACUAUCUAUGAGCGAAAACUUUUUAAUAUUUUAUUAA